AUGACAACGGCACCAAUUCUUAAUCAAUCAUUUAGUACAAAACUUUUUGAUGAGUUAACAAAAGAUUUAAUAGCAUUACUUGAAGAAGAUGAUGAGCAUAACGUAAUAAUUGAAGCCGGUGAAGAACCAAAUAUUCAAAAAUUUAAUGCUCAUUAUUAUAUUUUAAGAAUGAGAUCACCAUACUUCCGUCAAGCUUUAUCCAGUAGAUGGGCUAAACAAGAAAAUGGUAAAUACAUUUUUAAAAAGCCAAACAUUUCUCCAGAAACUUUUAGUAUUAUUUUAAAAUACAUAUAUUCUUCAACAAUUAAGGUGGAUACACUUAGUGAAGUUGAAAUUGUAAAUGUUUUGGGUGCUGCAGACGAAUUGUGUCUUAAUGUACUAGUUGAAGUUUUACAAGGAGUAUUAAUGGAACGCAAGCAUUUAUGGAUGGACAAACAAUCAGUAUUAAUUUAUAAUGCUGGACAAAAGUAUCCAACUU